AUGUCUGCCAUUCACAGUACUCUCACAUAUGCCAAUGGCACUCAUUACAUCGAUGUCAUUGACUCCAAGACAUCAACUGCUAUCUCCCCACUGUUUCAAUUCCACACCACAGCAGUGAUGAAUUUCAUCAGCACUGACACCAUCUUUUGCAAAUAUCCCAACCAGACAUUCCAUCACCAUGUGCUGAUCAACCCACAUCCCAUUUAUUAUGGCUCAAUUGGCUUCAAAACCAUGGCAGCCCUGCAGAAAUACAGCACAUGUGGUUUCAAGUUUGGCAGCCAUGAAGAGUAUCACCAUUUGCCUUACAGUUGCAGGUGUAUGCCCUGCAAUUUGACUGAUGGUGGCUGUCUAUGGCUUCAAAUGUCUAAUCUCCAUCACAAUGUUGUGAAGCCCACUGAUGUCCUCAAGUGCUUGGGGGUCAUCAAUGUCAUGUGGUUACUGGGUGGGUAUGUAUGUGGCACAUAUCCUGCCUUUCUGGAGGGCUAUUCAUUCAUGUUCAACAACAACAUGUGA